CGAGAGACUUUGGGUUAGAGAAGAGGGAUGAUGAGCGUCUAGAGCAUCGGAGAGUGGCUGGCAGAGGCGCGGUUGUUGAGACGGGCUGAUGGAGAAGCAGGCUCUGCCAGCUGAUGACCAUGAGACGGGAGUCGUGGAGCCGGGGGCUGGCGGCAGCACCGAGGCCGUGGAGUUGGCCUCCACCGAGCCUCCUUCUCGAGCGGGAUGGAACAGCAAGGUGGAGUAUUUUUUGGCCCAGGUGGGAUUCAGCGUCGGGCUCGGCAACGUCUGGAGGUUUCCGUAUCUGUGCCACCAGAAUGGAGGAGGAGCUUUUCUCCUGCUCUAUGUGCUGCUGAUGCUAGUUGUGGGAAUCCCCUUGUUUUUCCUGGAGCUGGCAGCCGGUCAGGACAUCCGACAGGGAAGCAUUGGAGUGUGGAAGUACAUCUCUCCAAGGCUCGCAGGAAUCGGCUACUCCAGCUGUGUGGUCUGCUUCUUUGUGGCGGUCUACUACAACGUAAUCCUGGCUUGGAGUCUUUUCUAUCUCGGGAACUCCUUCCGGUAUCCGUUGCCUUGGCAACAGUGUCCGGAGCAGGGAAAUAUAACAUACAAGGAAUGCAAAGAGAGUUCCCGCACGUCGUAUUUUUGGUACCGCAGAGCUUUGAACAUCACAGACUCCAUCGAUGAGGUGGGCUCCUUCAACCCUUACAUCGUCUGGUGCCUGUUGGCAGCUUGGACCUUCGUGUGCCUGGGGAUGUUCAAGGGUAUCAAGUCAUCUGUCAAGGUGAUGUAUUUCUCCUCCAUCUUCCCCUACGUGGUGCUGGUUUGCUUUCUGGUCCGAGGACUCAUGCUGGACGGAGCUUCAGAGGGAAUCGUCUACAUGUUCUACCCCAAGCUGGAGAUCUGGGCCGACGUCCAGGUGUGGCGUCAGGCCGCCACGCAGGUUUUCUUUGCUUUGGGCCUCGGCUUCGGGUCCAUCAUCGCCUACUCCUCCUACAAUCCCAAGAACAACAACUGCCACCGAGAUGCCUUCACCGUCUCUUUUAUCAACUUCCUGACGUCUGUGCUGGCCACAUUGGUGGUGUUUGCUGUGCUGGGUUUCCGUGCCAAAGAAAAGGUCAUGGCCUGUGUUGCCAGUAACCUAAUGGAGCUGUUGCAGUGGCACCGUGAAGGUCUUGUGUCUCUAGACUUGAUGCCCCUCUUCAACCACUCCGACCCAGAGACUCUGGGUUUGGAGGGCUACAGAAACUGGUUUAAACAAAAUGGAAGUUACAUCUCUGGCAAUUUAACAGUCUGUGACAUUGAAAAAGAGAUGCAGACGGGUGUGGAGGGAACGGGCCUGGCUUUCAUCGCCUUCACAGAGGCCAUGACGCUGCUGCCUGGCAGCCCCUUCUGGUCGGCGCUGUUCUUCCUCAUGCUGCUCAACCUGGGCCUCAGUACAAUGUUCGGCACCAUGGAAGGGAUCCUAGCGCCUCUCAGGGAUCGUUUCAAAUCUCUGGCGAAACACAAGAUCAAGUUCACAAUUAUCAGCUGCAUCGUCGGCUUUGUGAUCAGCCUGCUCUUCACCCAGCGCUGCGGGAACUACUUUGUGACCAUGUUUGACGACUACUCUGCCACUCUGCCUCUCAUCAUUGUGGUGGUGUUUGAGACCUUCAGCGUGUCGUGGCUCUACGGAGCUGAUAGAUUUCUUGACGAUAUUGAGGCGAUGCUGGGCUGGCGGCCCUACGUCGUUUACAAAUAUCUGUGGAAAUACGUCUGCCUGUUGGCCAUGCUGGGGCUGCUCGCUGCUACAGCUAUCCGCAUGUUCAUGAAAACGCCAACUUACAUGUCGUGGAACCAGGAAAUGGCAUCCGAGGUCCGUCUGCCGUAUCCCGAUUGGGCUCUGGCUGUUCUUGCCUUAUUGAUCAUCUUCGCCAUGCUGCCUGUGCCCGUGGGUUUUAUCCACUCGGUUCUGCAGGACAGAAGAAAGCCGACACACAGGGACACAGAGACGGGUCACUACAACAUUGUUAACACUGAUGAAACCCCCAUGACUGACAUGUCGGAUCCUGACCAAAGGAACGGCUCCGUACUUUCUUAGAGGAAUUACCAAAACUAUGCAGGAACAACUUUAAUUUGCCAUUUUCACACAUGUUUAAUUGAUGAGCACCUUUUAUGGGAUGCUCGCUGCAGGAAAAGCUUUUAUUUUGAAGUAUUUAUAAACCUUUUCCCUAUUUAUUCUCUUAAGUUAAACGAAAUCCAUGGCGAUCCAGAGAAUCGUGGUUUUCCUAAAUUAUAUUAUUUUUCCCACAAGUGCGACUUUUAAAAAGUCAAUGUUGAGAAGAUCUGGAACCACAUAAAGAUUUCUGUGUGGAUGUGCUGAGAUUUAAUGGUGCUGUUCUGAUCCAGAUGAGCCAAAAAAUCCCUUUGUUUUUAUGUAUCUAACGGAGGCGUGUUCACAUGUGUUACAAACUCCAAUGAGCACACAAACAUUUGAAAGUGGAUCGUCGGUUCAGAGCUGAUGAUGUUUGAGACCAUGGAGGGACUACACAAAGAACCGGGAACCUGGACCCAUUACCAGCGCCGACCGUGCAGUCUGAUGGGUCAGAUGUUUAAAUCUGGUGUUGGUUUCUGGGAACGUUGGCAGCUCAUCACUGCCUAAAAUCCUCGUCUGAACAGAAUUUGAAUCUUUGGUGUGUGACCUUCAGACCGGAGUAUUUAAGGCCCGGUAAAUGUUUACGACUCUUACACCAACAACAGUUAACGGCACGUGAAGAGAUCGGACCCGGUUAUUGUCAAAUCAUCAACAUGGUCCCCUGAGGAACGAGCAAUAUUUCUUAUUUUUUUGUCGGGCCGAUAUUAACAACCAAUAUUUUAUAUCUUGUUGCUGUUUGUGUUUCAGUUUUGGUUAAAUAUCAGUCAUAACAGUAAUAUUCAUAUCAGGUAUCGUCUCAAAUUUUAAUUUCGGUGCAUCCUUAUUUUUUUGACAUCGUUGCUAGCUUAAUGUGUCGACCUGAUACAGCUGAAUUUCCUGUGAGGUACAGAGAAGAAUAAUUCUGUUCUGUUCUAAACGAGACCGGGUCCGGACCGGCUUCUAUAAUGGGAACCUUCACAAAGUAUUUUCUAAUUUCCAUGUUGUGUUAUUUGUCUGGUUUUGGGUUUUAUUUUUAUUAACAGGACAGUCAUUGAGCUGACUGAAUCAGUCAUGUGACAGCAUGCCGUGCUGUAAAUAUGUAAAAACUUAUUGCUACAUGAAAUGGGCAUUUGUAUGAUAUCUUGCUUGUCUAAAUUGUAAUGAGAUGCUGGUUUUAUGGAGCUGGAUGAAGAUGUCGGACGUCUUUCUGAGUUUAUGUUGCAGUUUUUAUUUCUUUGUUCAUUUUUACUCUUGAAUUUGAUCUCAACCUGGGGUCGUAUGAACAUUCAACAAACAAAAUGCUGAAUGUUGUAUUUGAAGUGCCUUUAACCUACAUAAGGCGAUGGAACAAAAUGUAAAAAUGCUUCUGGUCUUUAAUGUGUGUGAUAGGUAGAUGUAAAAAUCAAUUUAGUUUUUGUUGCCAUUUGUUAUAAUAAAGACGUUUGCUGCACAAUA